GGAUGGGAAUGGAAAUGGGACCCAAGUCAGAUAUGUAGGUAAUGGUUGAGAAUGUGUUGUGUGGCAUUGUCAAGUGUAAAUCAAUAAACAAUAACCCCACAUUGCUUUUUCAAGUUUGUGGCCAUGGAUUGAUUGUGAGUUUCAUUUCAGCUAACCGAAGUUGACAAAACCCAUCUCAUUUAUUAUGUCUUUUGCAUCCAAAAUCCACACACAUAUGACAUUUUUACACACACACACACUCAAAAAUCUCCUUCUCGAAUCUCCUACUACUACUACUACUACUACUACUACUACAACUACUAGUAGUACUAAAGGGAAAAAGAAAAAGGGCCUCAAACACUCAAAAAAUUAUAUAAAGAUUUGAUUUUUAUUUAUCAUCAUCACCAAUUCAGAGUUUUGGUGACCUGGGUUUUCUUCAAUUUGUCGUUUUGAUGUUGUGGCUUUAAAGCUCUUUAUUUAUAUUAUUCCCUGGAUUGGAUUAUUAUGGAGGUGUUUUUAUGGGGCUAUGAGUUAGAGAGAUGAGAUUAUUAGAAGGUGGUAAUAUUAAUUAUGCGAACACUUUGUGACGCCUGUGAAAGCGCCGCCGCAAUCGUGUUUUGCGCUGCUGACGAGGCUGCCCUUUGCCGUUCCUGCGAUGACAAGGUACACAUGUGCAACAAACUUGCUAGUCGACAUGUGAGAGUUGGCUUAGCAAAUCCCAGUGAAGUUCCUAGGUGUGACAUUUGUGAAAAUGCACCUGCUUUUUUCUACUGCGAAAUAGAUGGAAGUUCCCUUUGUUUACAAUGUGAUAUGAUUGUUCAUGUUGGUGGUAAAAGAACACAUGGAAGAUAUCUCUUAUUGAGGCAGAGAGUUGAGUUUCCAGGAGAUAAGCCUGGUGCUGGUAAUGUUGAGGAACCUGGUUCAAACCCGGGUAGCGAUCAAGUCGAAGCAGCUCGGAGAGGACAGAAUCAUCAGCAGCCUUGUUCUAAAAUGACAGGUGAAGAGAAUCAACAGCAGCAAAAUCAUAAUAGAGUUUCUCCUGUGCGGUUACAAGAGGCCAAUGCUGAUGGACACACUCACACUAAACGUGACAAUAAAAUGAUUGAUUUAAAUAUGAAGCCUCAUAAGUUCCAUGAACAAUCUUCAAAUAAUCAGGACCUAUGAAGAAUUUGCAGAAACCAGAAGCAUGACUGCUGCGCGAGGCAUUAGAAAAAGGCGAGCUGUGUGUGUGAUCAAAUAAAAUUUAGAGUGUGAUUGAUUGUUCAUAUGAAAAAAGUAUGGUCUAUUGAGGUUUGCAAAGUAGUGAUUUUUCCAUUUGUUGUUGUAGCUUAAUUGCACAAAAGAGUAGUUUGAUAGCAUUUAUAACUUUUGAGAACAGAAACUAUAAUGCACUGCAUCAAAUUGAGUUCUCAUAAUC